CGUGCUGCUUUAUUACUCACGUCGGACGUUCGGUGAAAGAAGGAGAGUUUAGCAGUCAUGGUGAAUCUUGGAGAUGAGUUCCCCAACUUCAAAGUCGACACAAGUCAAGGGGAAAUUCAGUUCCACGAGUAUAUAAAAGACUCUUGGGCAAUCCUUUUUUCGCAUCCUGCUGACUACACACCUGUGUGUACCACGGAGUUGGGACGUGUUGCCAACUUGCUUGAGGAAUUUAAAAAACGAGGAGUGAAACUUAUUGCCUUAUCAUGUGAUGGAGUUGAAUCUCACAAAGGAUGGAUCAAGGAUAUAAUGUUUGAGAGCAACUAUAAUGGCGAAUUCCCUUAUCCAAUAAUUGCUGAUGAGGGGCGGGAUCUGGCUGUUAAACUUGGCAUGAUUGACCCUGACGAGAAGGAUGCUCAAGGCCUUCCACUUACUGCUCGUGCUGUGUUCAUUAUUGGACCGGACAAGAGACUGAAGUUGUCUCUCCUUUACCCUGCUACCACGGGACGCAAUUUUGAUGAAAUUUUACGUGUGAUAGACUCACUGCAGUUGACUGCCACAAAGAAAGUUGCCACUCCUGCAGAUUGGAAAGCCGGCGGAGACUGUAUGGUUCUUCCUACAGUCAAGCCAGAAGACGUGGCAAAGCUGUUUCCCAAGGGAGUGAAAACCAAAGAUAUGCCCUCAGGCAAAGGUUACAUGCGCUACACUCCUCAGCCAGAGUGAGUCACUUGAGACAGGAGAAGGAUGUGACCUCAAAAGCAAAGGAUAUGUAUUACCAGUAAUGCUAGUGUCAGUCAAUAAUUGCAGUAGAACUAUAUUUAAAGUGAUAUUUUUUAUUGUGGUGUCACUGUCAAGAAAAAAUGUACGCCAAGGGACAACUCUGCGUAUAUUUUGUGUUUUAAUUAGCACUAUGUAAUGCAACAGGUGGAGGUAAAUAAAUCAAUUUUCACACAACCUUUA